UGUUGCAAUAAGGAACUUGGAUUUGCCAGGCACGCAAGUUUCACUCUGUUCCCUUUUCGGAGCCUCUCGCUCGCGAGAGAGGCCUCUCGGAGGCUUCCCAGGAGCCGGGCCUGCAGAUGUGAGCCCCACGCUGGCUGAACGAUGGUCCUGCUGGGGCCGUUCCCAGUCUUAGCGACCGCGGUCGUAUUAAUCCUGAUUCACGCGAAUACAGGAGGAUGCCUGGGAAUGGUCCCCACCCGCAGUAACGUGCACAGCCAUGGUGUACCUGAGGGCAGGCAGCCCUUCGUUCACUCCAGCAGCAGAGGAAGGAGGGACGUGCAGUGCGGGCAAGGGUACUACCGCCAUCCAAACAGAACUCACUGCUGCAUGCGGUGUCACAAAGGCACUUACGUUUCUCAGCACUGCGUGAGUGAAGACAGGACACCCACCUGUGUGCCGUGCUCUGAGGGAUCCUUUACAGAUUCUGAAAAUUCUGCAACAAAAUGUCGCGGGUGCCGCAACUGCCUUUCAAAAAACAUGGGGCAGGUCGUUUUGACCAACUGCAGCAGCACCCAGGACACCGUCUGCGGCUGUCCCAGCAACCACUAUCGGACCAGCCAAAGCUCCGAGUUCCGGUGCCUGCCCUGCAACCCCUGCCACAACGGAACUGUCUUUAACAAAUGUUCCAAAGACGGUGACACAGGCUGCAGUUGUCACAGAGGUUUUUUUCUGCAGAAGAAGAGCUGUAUACCGUGCAGCAGCUGCCAAGGGGAAGAGUGCAAAAAACACUGCGAUGUCACGUUCCCAAGCAUGUCACCCUCUGAGUCCCCAGACCUGCUGACGCCCAUCCUCGGCUGCCUGGUUGUCCUCUUCGCAGCUGCCGUUCUGUUGCUGGUGCUGAGGCGGUUUGUCAAGCAGCCCGUGCAGAAGAAACUGAUCUCUGCGCUCAGCAUACGCCGCCCAGAGCGGCAUCCUUCACCAACUGACCCUCAGUUACCACAGCUGCAGGUACAGGUGCCUAGUAUCCCUCAGGAACCAAACCAGAAAGAAACGCUGUUGCCAAGUUCAGUUGUACCAGUGCUUCCAGACACACAAGAACUACCAAACUGUCAACCAGCUGCAGAAAAUACUCAGAUUCCAGACAAUCCUGCGGUUUUGUAUGCGGUGAUAGACAACGUCCCGUUUCUCCAGUGGAAGGAAUUUGUACGCCGCCUGGGCUUGCCUGACAACGACAUAGGCAGGAUUCAGGUGGAGGAGUGGAACAUGCGAGACGCGCAGUACAAGAUGCUGAGGCUUUGGAGGCUGCAGCUGGGCCAGCACGCCACGUUCGGGUGCAUCAGCAGCACCCUCCAAGAAAUGGAGCUGAGCGGCUGUAGCGAAGCCAUCCAGGAGGCGUUGUCGAGAUAGGCCUAGCGGGGGCAGCGGAGCGCGGUUCAGCCGUGUGCACCUUCCUGUCCUGAUGGCUGAGUUUCAUGCGUGAACGAGCUACCGCGGAACUUCCCUGUUGCGCUGCGUUGCCUCCAGUACAGUACUGAGCAGUUCACCUUUCCGGAAUUCUGAGCGAUCACCCAGUGCACACGCAUCUAUACGUGGAACGGCCAUCGGCUCUGCCAUUCCUCCUCCUCCCUGACUUGUAUUUCUGUCCGUUUUGCAUAUGUGGUUUUGCAAAUCGACUUUAUAUGUCAAAUCGGAAAGAUUAUUUUUAUAAAUUCCCUACCCUAUGGGACUCGUG